CCGCGCUGGGCCCGGGCGGCGGGGCAUGAGUAGGCCGCCAGCCCGCCGCCGCUAAGAUGGCGUCCAUGCUGCUACAGACCUGCGGCCGGCGGGCCUGCCGCCUGCCCCGAGCGCUGCGCCGCCAGCCGCAGCCAGGUAACUUGGGAGAUCGGGCAUGUCUCAGCUGCACAUCCCUGAGGCUGGCAAACAAUAUGACUGUACACUUCAAAUACUGCACUAGUGUCCCUCCUGUUUACGCAUACUCCAAAAAAGAUCGCUACUGUUGUUGGACUAAAGGAUCUGAACAAAUACACUUUGCUCUUAGGAGCUCUUCUGGCUCAUGGACGCCACUAGCAACCACGGGUAUUUUAGGUCCCCAGUAUCUUCCAGUUAGAUGGUGGCAUUCUUCAUGUCCCCUUCGAGAUGACUCCAUAGUUGAAAAGUCACUGAAGUCCUUAAAGGACAAAAACAAGAAGUUGGAAGAAGGAGGUCCUGUAUAUAGUCCAGCAGAAGUGGAAGUCGUGAAAAAAUCUCUUGGACAGAGGAUUGUGGAUGAACUGAAGCACUACUACCAUGGUUUUCGAUUACUGUGGAUUGACACAAAAAUAGCUGCAAGGAUGCUCUGGAGAAUACUUCAUGGAAACACUUUGUCUCGUCGAGAACGGAGACAGUUUCUUCGGAUAUGUGCCGACCUUUUCCGCUUGGUCCCUUUCCUAGUUUUUCUCGUGGUCCCAUUCAUGGAAUUUUUGCUUCCAGUAGCUCUUAAGUUGUUCCCUAAUAUGCUUCCCUCCACAUUUGAGACAAAGUCUAAAAAGGAGGAGCGAUUGAAGAAAGAAUUGAGAGUAAAGCUUGAAUUGGCUAAAUUCCUUCAAGACACCAUUGAGGAGAUGGCCUUAAAAAAUAAAGCUGCAAAAGGAAAUGUUGCAAAAGAUUUUUCAACAUUCUUUCAAAAGAUCAGGGAAACUGGUGAACGACCCAGUAAUGAGGAGAUCUUAAGGUUCUCGAAGCUAUUUGAAGACGAGUUGACUUUGGACAAUCUAACCAGGCCUCAGUUGGUGGCACUUUGUAAAUUGCUGGAACUUCAGUCAAUUGGGACAAAUAACUUUCUCCGCUUCCAGCUGACUAUGAGGUUGAGAAGCAUAAAAGCAGAUGAUAAACUUAUUGCUGAAGAAGGAGUUGACAGUCUGACUGUUAAAGAGCUGCAGGCAGCUUGUCGUGCCCGAGGUAUGAGAGCUCUUGGUGUAACGCAGGAGCGUCUCAAGGAACAGCUUAAACAGUGGCUAGAUCUCCACCUGAACCAGGAAAUUCCUACUUCGUUGCUGAUUUUAUCCAGAGCCAUGUAUCUUCCCGAUACCCUUUCUCCAGCUGAUCAGCUCAAAACAACACUUCAGACACUACCAGAGAGUGCUGCCAGAGAGGCUCAAGUCAAAGUGGCAGAAGUUGAAGGUGAAAAAGUAGAUAACAAAGCACGUCUGGAAGCAACACUUCAGGAGGAGGAAGCCAUCAGAAAAGAAAAUGAAGAAAAAGAGAUGGAAAGGUUGUCUGAAGCUGUAGAGAAAGCCAAAGAAACGCUUCAGGUUGCAGCUGUGAAAGAUGUGGAAUCAGCAGCAGAUCUUGAAGCAGCUACUCUGCAAGUUCAGAAAAGUCAGAUAGCUGUGGAUACUGAAAAAGAACUGGCAAAGGCAGAGAUGGUGAUGCAUGCAGAGCUACUGAAAGAUACAGCACCGGUAUUGGAAGGCAUUAAGGGUGAGGAAAUCACGAAGGAAGAGAUUGACAUGCUGAAUGAUGCUUGCGCCAAGCUGCAGGAACAGAAAAAAUCUUUAACAAAGGAAAAAGAGGAGCUUGAGGAAUUGAAGGGCGAUAUCCAGGAAUACAAUGAGGAUUUACAAGAGAUAAAAGAGCUCUCUAAAACUGGCCAGGAAGAGGCAGUGGAAGAGUCAAAGGCAAGCAAGAGAUUGACCAAGAGGGUGAACAGAAUGAUUGGUCAGAUAGACAAAAUUAUCAAUGAAUUAGAGACAGCUCAAAAGACAGUGGAUGUACGGCUGCAAGGUGCUGAUGGUCCUCCUGCUGGGGAGAAUCUCGUCAGUAUUUCCGAGCUCAUUAAUGUGAUGAGACAAAUUCAGAAGAUUCCAGAGGAGAAGCUGACCAGGAUUGCAGAGACACUAGAUGAAAACAAGGAUGGCAAAAUUGAUAUCAAUAAUGUUGUUAAGGUAGUAGAACUGAUUGACAAAGAAGAUAUUGAUAUUGGCACUGCACAGGUUGCUGAGAUUAUGGCACUGCUUCAGAAAGAAGAAAAACUGGAAGAAAAAGAGAAAGCAAAGGAAAAGCAGGAUAAAGAACCUGUGGAAGUAAAGAAUUAAGCUUCAGAAUCUGAAGCUAACCGCAACUGUAACCAAAACCUUGUAUAUCUUUCUGUGUCUAAUGGCUACAUAUUACUUGAGCUUUGUGAUUAUGGGAAAUGUUUUUAGCUGAUCCUAGUAAUAAAUCAUAGAUAAGUUUUCUGACUUAUGGAAUGAAAUUUCCGUUCAUCAGAGAAGUGAUUCAGUCAUUCCAUACAGAUGAAAACAAAGUACGCUUCUUUAGCAGUGCUCCUGCCCACAAAAAUCAUGUAUUUGCACUCGUUUUGGUACAGUGAUCCAUUAAACUUGCAAGUUUGCUGGAUAAAUUAAGUGUAUCCGUCAUGGAAAAAAUGUUUCUCAUAUAGUUUGUUUCAUCAUUACAUGGGGCCCAGCCUUGCUCUGCUUCUGCCUUUUAGCUUUUUCAGGAUUUAAUACAAACUUCCCCUUCCGUCACAGUAUUACAUACUUUGUAACCUGUUAGUGAAGAGUCUGUGGCUUCAGUAGCAGCUCUUUCCAUUGAGUUCUGUUUAAGCUAAAUAUCACUCAGCUGUUGCCUCACUGACAGAGAAUGUGGCAUUCUGAUCACUUCUAUGAAUUCAUGAAUGUUGUUUUCUUUUUCCUAUUGAAGGAGAAAUCAGACUUCCUUUUCCUUAGAAUGGAAACUUCCCAUGAAGUUGCUUCUUAUGGGUGCCUUAAAUUUCUUAAGACUAGGGAGUAGAGGAUGUCACUUCUGCUCAAAAUUCCAUGAAUUACUAAAGCAUUGGAAUCACAGGAGCCUUUCAGAUAAUUCCAGAACACAAUCUGUCACACAGUAAAGUGAGCUAAAGCAUUUGUCUAAAUAACAAAAUGAAAAUAAUCAUAAGGGGAAAAUGUCAGUUGUGAUUUUUUUGCAUAUAUUCUUUUUAAAUGCAUUUAUCUUGACAUGUGUGCUUGGUUUUCAUCGGGUAAUUAUUUGCAUCAGCUCUCUUACCUCUUAGUUUUCAUCUCAGGUAUAAAAUGACUAUCCAGGUAUAGUAAAAGUUCAUAAAUACUUUCAUCUCAUGGCCUCACUUUCUGUGCAGUCAGCAAGUCAUGUCUGGUAUUGCCAGUGCUUUGGUUACAUCAUUGGCUUUCAAAUCAAUUGGUCAUAGUUACUGUCUUUAACUGUGUGAUUAAAUUGACAGUAAGUAAAGGUUUACUCAUUAAUGUCUGUCCUUAAUAGUAAAUUUUGACGUUUAAAAUGCCAAUUCUGGGAUGUUCCAUAAUUCCUGGUAGGCUAAAUUUUCCACUAUUCUUUAAAAUCUCUUAUGAAACACACCCAGUGUGGCUUGAACCAGCAGGGUUGUUGUUUGGUUUUCUGUGCUGUUUUUAUUUUGCACCCAGUAUUUACAAACUAUAUGGCCAUUCUUCAUUUUGUGUACACUGUGGAGAGCACAUCUUAACAAUGGCACUGUUCACAGUGAUACGGAGGUGGGCAGUUAGUACUUAGUGCUUUUAGUCAUAAGGGCAUCUAGUCAGAAAAUAUUGACUCCCAAGCAUCUUUCAGCAUAAUUCCAUGUUCAGUAUUUCUGUAGAUUGGCUAAAUUAUUUGUAAAAACUUAUUUGAAGUUAGUGGAACAAAAGAAGUUUGACAGUCUCAUGGCUUGCAUGAUGGACCACUGUAUUUAGUUGUUUCCAAAGCAAGAUGUACAGUAAGAUGUACAGCACAGUAGAAAAAAGGUCAGUGUUUAGUUCAAGUAUUGAGUUAAUAUUCUGUACAGUUUGCAGAGAAAGCUGCUUGCAGUAAGAUCCUCCUGAGAAUUACUGUAAUUGUAUCUGAAGUGUAAAAUCGCUGUGGCAAAGCUGAAAUUUCACAUCAGUACAAACCUUUGCAGUUAAUACAGCCCUAAACAAGGAGCUGUUCUCUUCCUUGCAAAUUGAGAUUAACUUGGAGAUUUCAGCAUGAAAGACAGUUUGUAGAUUAUGAAAACAGGACUUCACUAGGUGCUGUGUGAAAAACACAACUUUGCUUAGAUAAAAAGAGUAAAGCUGAUUUCACAAAAACAUGAUUUAAAACCUAAUUUUAUGUUGUAUAAUUUACCAUUGGAAUUCAUGGGCUUUGAAGCAUGCUAAAUUCUGCAGUUGUGUGUCUUCAAUUUGAAAACAAUAUGUAAAAAUCUUACUUGACAUUCCUGCAACACAGUAAAAAUACGAUUGUCUGCAACCUUCCAUGGAAUAUCAGAAACCUAAGAGUCGUGUGCACUUGAACGCAUGCACAUUUAAAUAGGGAAGCAGCAGAAAAAGCUGUUUUCAGAGAUUUUCUUUUUUUUUUGUUUUUUUUUUUUUUUUUUUAUUAAAGGUUUUGCAGAGCUUUAACUGUCCUUACAGUAAAUUACUUGAUUUUAGGAUUCGGGAGUUCAAGACAUUUUCUCUGCUGUUCUUUUUCUGUGUUUAAUGUUCAUUUAAAUUUCCUGUGGAUUAAAUAACAAGGGAGCGAAAAAUAGCUUUUUUUUUCCCCUUUUUAAAUGAAGAAUGUCCUCAUUAAUUGUAAUUCAUUUAUUGCACAUUUUUAGCUUUCAGACUUGUUUGCAGUUUUGCAUCUUGGGCAAUUUUAACAGGUUACAUGAAAUGCCUUUAAAUAUCAAUCACAGGUGAGAGUUUUCCCCUGAUACCCAAAGCGUUUAGAGGGAUGUACGCAACAACCAUAGCAAAUAUCUUCCUUCUGAUGCUAAAAGCAGGCAAACUCAUGAUAGCUGGACUUGAGCUUCAACACAUUCUGCAAGCUUAAAGCAGUGAUUCAUGCUUCCCUAGGUUUGAACCGUCCCAAGCAGCUCUGUCCAGGUGCUACAGACAGCUUCAGUUUUGAGGACUAGCUGCAGCUAACAUGCUUUGUCAUCCCUGGUGUUGACCAAAAGCCCAGAACCUGCAGUACUUUCAGAGAAAGGAUGACCUCCGAGUGUACAGUAACUGGUCAGAACUUGUUUCCUGAAGGAAUAUUUUAACUGGGAGAUGUAAAUAUUUGUUUAAAUAAUUAAAAGGAUGUGAGAGAUUUUGGUGACCUUGUGACUUACACAGGCAAAGCCUCUAAGCUCAGAGUGUGGUAAGCAGUAGGACCAGUGUUGGGGUUGUGUCAGAUUCAAUAAGAUGAGAUUUUGAUUAUAAAUUAUUUGGGGGGGGAAAUGUAGAACAUAUAAAAAGCUUUUUAAAAACUCUUUAGUAACAAGAAAGAGAAGUAAAAUAGGGUGUAAUUUAUUUCCCCCCUCCAAACAAGCAGGAUAUAGGACUUACCAGAAAGCUUGUUUCCAUUUCAUACAAGCUCAAAACAUGGUUUUUAACUGAGGUUUUCAUCACUGUGUGCUGGAAGAGUGAAUCUGCCUGCAGGUUAAGUACCAGGAAGCUAAAUCAAUAGGUGGUGUUUGUCAGCAGGAGUGCAUGCAGGUAGAGAUUCAUCUUUUGGCACGAUAGUUGAUACCUUGCACUUAAAUAGGCUUUGUCCGGGGGAAAGAGUUACACCUUUUGUACAACUCCAAAAUACUUGUAACUUUCUAUCUACCUACCUUGCUAGCCAUUUAAACUUCAGCUACUUCAGCUUGUAUUUAAAUACUUUUAAAUUGUUUAUAUCAGAUUAUUGGGUAUAUUUAAAUAAAAUAAUCCAUAUUCUGUUCUUCGUAUGUAAUACAAAUUCUGCCUUUCAGUUGAAGAAUUUCCACCUGUGUUACAGAUUUAAGCUGAAAAUCAUUUGUCUGUGCUCAGAGCAUACUGGUCCUGUGUUUGCCAUAAUGCACUAUAAAUUUUUUAAGCUAAUUUGGAGCUUGUGUCCUUUGUUUAGUUAUAAUAAAUGUAUCAUUUUGAAACCUAA